AUGGCUUCCAAACUCCAAGACCACAUCGACACCCUCCACACCCUCCCACUGGCCGAGGGUGUUCAAGCAAUCGCCGACCUCAUACCAGGCCUCACUAGCGUUGUCCCUCAAGAACACGGCUACUUCGUCCAACACCCCGACUAUGAAGGAAUCGGGAAUCUGAACGACAUCGGCACCCUCUGGCUGAAGCUCGGAUCGCAAUGUCACGAUGACCACGCGCCCCUACAAGUGCGUCUCAUCCACGUUUCCAUCGACGACCCGAUCUACGAAAUCUACGGCACCAGCUACAGGAUGCUGAAUAAGGGACUCGAAGAUGGGACCGUUGCACCUCCCGCCCCGCAUGAGGAUCCCAAUUACUGCGCCUGCUGUAGCGGUGAGGCUAGUGCCACCAUCUUGGCUUGUUUCCAUGAGCGGCAGGCAUUGUACUUCACCGAGGAGGAAUUCAAGGCUCUCUGGGGAGAUCAGCCGAAUUCAGGAGAGAGGUGUCGUAAUUGGACAGAGGAAAAUGGCUGGGAGGAGCGUAGUAUCAAUGCGAGCAAGGAGCAGAUUGAGGAGGCUAUAGCCAGGAACCCGGCUGUUAGCAUUCCGAGUAUGCUUUAG